CCUGCUCUCACUCGCGGAGAAAUUUUAGGAAGUGGGCGUACCGUGUCCCAGUAACGCCAAAUCUAAUUGGUUACACCCCUCCUCUUUUAUGAUUGGCCGUUUUCAAAUGACGAGAGAUAUCGGAGCGGGAAAGCCCCGCAGAAGAAGAAUGGCUGACGACAAGGAGAUAGAGUUACAAAAUGCUACCAGGCGUGUUGUUGACUUGCUGAGAAGUGCCUUGGCUGAACCAACUUCUCAAAAUCGGCUUUCCCCGGCCUAUUCAAAUCCGGUAAAAGCUAUAUCUCCCAAAAGAAGGGCUCUUAGGUCAACCCCAAUCCAGUUCUGCUCAAUACGUGCACAGAAAGAACACCAUCGGAUGAAAUGGUCCUUCUCCAGGCUGGACUUGGCAGGAGGACUCUCAAUAUCCCCAAAAUGCUGACCACUCCCAGAUAUCAUAUAUACUUAUGCAAUCAUAUUCCUAAAUGGUACGAAGGGGCCUGGAUGCUACGUAAAGCUGCUGUCGACACAAAUGAUCGAUUUGGAAGAACAUGCCAGUGAAGAACUGACAGGGCGAGUGAAAAGGUAAUAUGCUUCAAAUGUACCUGUAAUUGCUUAUUUUAAACAAACGUCCUGCAGUUAUUGUGUUCACUAUUUGUGUUGUACCGUUCAUCAGUUGCUCUGCAUUGUUAUUGUUAUGCCUUGAAUAUCAUUUAAAAGAGGCCACAUCAGUCAGGGGUCGUCAGUUUACUCAAUGAUACAAAAGGGGUCUCUUAAGGGAAAACGUUUUGGAUCCAGUUGUCUAAUCAACUUCUAAUUGUUUCCUUCAAGUCUUGCUGAAGCCAUCGAAACACUUAGUGGACGAGUGGACACAACGACACUCUUUAAUGUUAGUGUCACUAGGGAGGAAAUCUUUGAAAGGGGUUUAGGGCAGUGGAGACGUCAGAAGAGGUCUUCUCCCAAAAAACCCCUCCGAGUGUCUUUCAUUGGAGAGUCUGGAAUUGACCAUGGGGCUCUCAGGAAAGAAUUCUUAACAGAAAUGAUGGCAGGUGUUGAAAGGAAGUUUUUUCAGGGAGGGAGUACAGGGAAAACCCCCAAGUACUCAAUUACUGACUACCACAAAGAGCAUUUCAAGACAGCUGGAGAGAUUAUGGCAGUCAGUAUAGUACAAGGUGGUCCUCCACCUAACUUUUUCAGAGAGUGGUGCUAUGGAUACAUAUCCACUGGGGAGAUGGAUAGCAGUGACGUGCGGUGAGGUUCAUGGCUGUAUGACAGGUGAGGCUCUGCCUCCACUGACUGCACGUCGCUGAUGGAUAGAGAUUCCAUUUCCAAGGAAGAUGUGACUGAUCCAGAGCUCAGCCAGCUUAUGGAAGAGGUUGAGAUGGCUGAACCUGAAGCUAUGUACGACCUUCUGGAUCGGAUAACAGCAUGCGGGUACAGUGGUCCUGCAACGUGGGAGAGGAAGGAAGAAAUAAUAAAGGCAAUUAUCUUGCACUCAUCGGUCCGCAUCCUACCAAUGCUGCAGCAGAUAUGCUCAGGCAUGAAGCUGUAUGGCUUGUGCGGGAUGAUUGUACAACAACCACACAACUUCAGGGAUCUGUUCGUCCCUGGCCUUCAUGAAAAGCCGGAUGCUGAAUUCCUGAUGGGAGCCAUAUCUCCAGUCUUCAGUGAGCUGGGCUCGCUGCGACGCCAGAGGGAAUCGAGGAUUGUAAACUUUUUGCAAGACUUCAUCCAAAACAUUGAAGAUGAAGAGGAAGAAAAGAGCUUCGUGGUUGAAGAGAGGGGGACCCCUGUGAAGAUAACAACAGAGAGUGAUCUUGAUGAUGGAGACUCAAGAGAGACAGAGUCUACAGUUGAACCGGCGAGAGAUGAAGAGGAGAUGAAGGAAAAACACAAGAUCACUGUUGGCUGCUUCCUUCAAUGGCUUACGGGGCAGGCACAUGUCCCCAUCACCUCAACAGAGAGAGAGAGAUUUAAAAUCCUAAUUGAAUUCGACCACGAUUGCAGCGUGCACUAUGGUACACACACUGUAUGCUUUCCAGUAGUUAAUGCAUGCUCCAACUCUAUUACCUUUCCGACAAGGCACCUCGGCUCAUAUCCGGAGUUCCUGAGCAUUAUAACACAGGCUGUUAUAAGUAGCAGGGAGUUUAGUCGUUCAUAAGAUUCAUAGAAUCGAUGUUUUCUGUUAAAACAGUCUUUAUUGCACUUUAUUUGACAAGGUUUUCAUUUGUUCAAGAUGAGAAUGUUACUAUACAGUCAAACUUUCAAGUGACAUCACAUACUGUUCCAGUCAAAAUGUUUUUGAAACAAAUGGUGAAGUUGGGGAACCAUUAUACUUUUGAGCUGUAUUUUGUGUCGAUUGUUGUUUCAAUUGUCACCAGUUGUGCCAAGUAACUUUACUCUUGGUACUUUUACUUAAGUAACACUGAACACAGGACUUUUACUUGGAACAGAGUAUUGUUACAUUUAGGUAUUUCUACUUUUAGUUAAGUACUUCUUCCACCUCUUAUAGUCACUGUAAUACACAUAUAAUACACCUUACUAACUUAAACUGUUUCCCCAUUAUAUUCCUACUAUGAGGCUUAAGGCUAGGUUUACCCUCAUCUGUGUCAUUCAAGGGAGCUGUAUUUCUUAAGAGCCACAUCUUUCAGCUACAUACUCACGGCAGAGUAAGUACAGUUCCUUGACCGGAGUGUUUGGGUCAAUUUGCUGAAAUACUGAUUGAAGUUCAGUUAUGUCUUCUGGACUCAAAGGGCAGUCGAAUUCGGGGACGACAAUCCCUGCAUCCUCUUCUCCAUCGUGGUCAGCAGCAAUUUCCCAGUCAACAUCUGGCUCCUAAUAACCAUAACAGAGGUUUUGAACACUUGGGUGAAAUAAAUGUAUGUCUUAUAAACAAAGUGGAACAAUGACAUCAA